AUGAGUCAGGAACUGGUAAAAGGCUAUGGAAGAAAGGGGCUAUCACCAAGAUGUAUGAUUAAACUAGAUAUGCAAAAAACAUAUGACUCGGUUGACUGGAGUUUCUUGGAGCAGGUGCUAAUUGGUAUGAAUUUUCCUACUAGUUUCAUCAGAUGGAUAAUGACAUGUGUUACCACAGUGUUAUAUUCUAUACUUAUCAAUGGCACUCCUAGUGCUCAUUUCCCAAAGAAAGAAAGGCCUAAGUCAAGGAGACCCAUUAUCCCCCUUUCUGUUUAUCAUUGCAAUGGAUUAUUUGAGCAGAAACUUGAGGAGUUUUCAAGUGUCUCUGGGCUUAUUGCAAAUAAAGACAAGAGCUCCAUAUACUUUAGGGGUGUUCCUAAUGAAGAUCAAAGGAGAAUACUGGACUUCUUGGGUAUCCCUAAGGGUGAAUUGCAAAUAAAGUAUCUCGGAGUCCCUCUUUGUGCUAAAAGAAUAUCCGUAGUCCAAUACCAACCCCUACUUGAGAAGAUGUUGGGAAGAAUUACCUCUUGGACUACCAAGUUUCUGUCUUAUGCUGGUAGAAUGCAAUUUCUAAAGAGUGUCCUCUUCUCCAUACAAGUCUUUUGGUCCCAGUUGUUCGUGCUUCCUAGGAAAGUGAUAAAGAUGAUUGAAGCAAUUUGCAGAACCUUUUUAUGGACAGAGGGUAUAGAUGUAUCAAAAAAGGCUCUACUAGCUUAG